AUGGACGAAGCUGGAGACGAACACUCGGAACACAAACCGAUUGUUCAGCAGGCGACAGAAACCCUCCUCUACCCAGUUCGUGUCGCAACAUCGCCACCCCUGUUACGAACAUAUCUCCGCACAGCCCUUCUACUCCUCACGUCUGCCAUCCUCUUCGGGUCUGCUGUCGUAGCGUACACGUCGUUCUAUUAUUCAUACAUUCCCGUGCGCGGUAUCACAGUGCCCGUGCAUCUACACUUUGACCAUGGCGCGCCAGCAUGCUUCGCCAGCCCGCAGACCGAAGGUGCAAGAGCAGGAAAGUGGCCAUACGGGAUCGCUGAUGUCGACGGGCUGGUGAGCAGGCAGAAGUACGAUGUUGUCGUCGAGAUGGAAGUACCCCGGAGCGACGCCAACAUCAAGGCGGGGAACUGGAUGGUAGGGCUAGAGAUGCGCGGCCCUACGACAAGUAAUGGGCAUGCAAAAGGGGCGAUCGACUGGGAUGAAGACUGGGACGUCGAAGACCACGCAGGAGCAGACAUACCCGCCGACACACCCGCGGGAAAACCCCCCGUCCUCGCAAAAAGCACUCGCGCCGCCCUCCUCACAUACCGCUCCCGCCCCACCGAACUCGCAAACCAACUCCUCCGCCUGCCCUUCUACCUCCUCGGCUGGCGCACAGAAGCAGAACGCAUCCGCGUCCCCAUGAUGGACGGGCUGGAAUUCAGCAAAGCCCCACACAGCACCCCCUCCUCGCUACGCAUCGAACUGCGCUCCCGCUACCCAAUCGACAUCUACCGCGUGCGCGUCCGCUUCGUCGCCAAGCUCGAGGGCCUGCGCUGGCUCAUGUACCACUACCGGCUCACCAGCCUGGUCAUCUUCACAACGCUGUUCUGGAGCGUAGAAAUGGGCGUCGUACUACUCACGUGGGCGGCCUUCACGCUGCUGUUUAGCUCCACGCCCCCGACACAAGUAUACCAGGACAUCAAGGCCGAACACACGCACGGAAAUGUCACGCCGAAGAGGGAACAAUCCCCCGUUAGCGAUGCGAGUCGCACGUUCCCUACCCUGCCGUCGCAGCAACCUCUGCACUACUCGUCACCGUCUGAGGCGAAGGUUAAAAAUGAGAUGCAGAUGCAGAGCUUGAGCGAUAUUCCGCUGCGCGAAGAUGCUGAGGCGGAUGAUGAGGAGGAUGAUGAUUUUGUGCUUGAGGAGCCUGUGGUGAGGAGGGAGGCGGCGUUUGAGGAUUCGGGGAUUGGGACGAGCUUUGAGAGUGGGGUUGAACGGGAGAGGGAGAGGGGGCUGCGCGGGAGGCAGGGUGGGAGGGUGAAGGUUAAGGAGGAGAGUGAUUGA